GGAGGCGGGGCAGCUUUCUCUCGGCCGCGCUUCGGCUCUCGCGGGCGUCCGGCGCGGGAUUGUAACCGCCUGGCGGCGGGAGAAGUAGCUCUCGAGCCGAGGGACGUGCGACUACCCUCGCGUGGUCAUGGAGGCGCGGAGGCCGCCGCUACGCGCGACGACUUCGGCCCCUGGCCGGAGCCGAAAGCUUCUGCUGCUGCCGCUGCUGCUGUUCCUGCUGCCGGCCAAAGCUCUGCGGGGCUUGGAGGUGGAGGAGAGGCCCCGAACCCGCGAAGAGGAGUGCCACUUCUACGCGGGUGGACAAGUGUACCCGGGGGAGGCGUCCCGGGUUUCGGUCGCCGACCACUCCCUGCACCUCAGCAAAGCCAAGAUUUCCAAGCCAGCACCUUAUUGGGAAGGAACAGCUGUGAUAAAUGGAGAAUUUAAGGAGCUGAAGUUAACUGAUUAUCGUGGGAAAUACCUGGUUUUUUUCUUCUACCCUCUUGAUUUCACUUUUGUGUGUCCAACUGAAAUCAUCGCCUUUGGUGAUAGAAUUGAGGAAUUCAGAUCGAUAAACACUGAAGUGGUAGCAUGCUCUGUUGAUUCACAGUUUACCCAUUUGGCCUGGAUUAAUACCCCUCGAAGACAAGGAGGACUUGGGCUGAUAAGCAUUCCACUUCUUUCAGAUUUGAACCAUCAGAUCUCAAAGGACUAUGGCGUAUAUCUGGAAGACUCGGGCCACACUCUUAGAGGUCUCUUCAUUAUUGAUGACAAAGGAAUCCUAAGACAGAUUACUCUGAACGACCUUCCUGUGGGUAGAUCUGUGGAUGAGACACUGCGUUUGGUUCAAGCAUUCCAGUACACCGACAAACAUGGAGAAGUCUGCCCUGCAGGAUGGAAACCUGGUAGUGAAACAAUAAUCCCAGAUCCAGCCGGAAAGUUGAAGUAUUUUGAUAAACUGAACUGAAAAAUACUUCCUCAGGUCAUGAUGUUUGAAACUUCUCAGUAAAGUUCACUGUUUUGUUACCACA